AUGGAUAACGUUGUAGACUCACUGAACAAAGCUUACGAGAAGUUUGUUAUUGCCUCAGCUAAUGUCCUCGAGUCCAAAAGAGAGUGCUGGCGGGCAAAAAGCUAACUCUCACUGAUGCUUGCAUUAGAGAAUUACAAGGAGAAGUGGGAGCUUUUCCGCGUGGCUUGUGAUCAAGCGAGGAUUGGAUCUGAGGGUUUGGUUGAUGAGGCUACUGGUUUAAAAACAGGAAACUCAGGGCAAAGUGUUGGUGCUGCGACUAGUCUCGCUCUUAUUAGUGCAGUAAGGCUGGAACAGAUGAGUAGAGGGGUUGGAUGGCUUGUGCUUGAGCUGCUACGUGGCUCUGGGGUCGCUGCUGGUUCUAUGCAUUCUUCCUCUACAGGAUUUGAUCACAGGAGGCUAACGUAA